CAAGCAUAACAUAAAACUCUGUUCCUACUCUUUUAUUCAUUUGGAAUAUCAUCCAGAAUUAUGUCAGCCAACUGGCAAGCUGACCCAGAGCUGGUGGAUUUGGAGGAAGAGGAGCUAUGGGAAAUGAUUGAAAGACACAGAUGUAAAAUUGUACAGCGUUUGUCCCCAGAGCGGCUCACCCCAUACUUGCGCCAAACCAAAGUGUUGGACUCAAUGGAUGAAGAGGAGAUUCUGCAUUGUGCCAAGUUUUCUACCAGGGCCAUGAGACUGGGCCACCUCUUGGACCUUCUUCACACACGGGGCAAAAAUGGAGCAAUUGCCUUCUUGGAUAGCUUAAUGCUGGUCAAUCCCAAAAUGUAUACCCUCAUUACUGGGAAAGAAGCAUCUAAGGAUCCCAACAGUUUUAGCAAACUGAUAGACAGCAGUCAACUGAGUGCUUUCUUGAUGAGCACACUGAGUAGCCUGCAAGAGGAGCUGAUGCAGGAGAAACAGCUGAAAGGAACAUUAGUGCAUCACUUGCGCAAAAUGCGGCAGAAGCAACAGCAGUUGGAGGAGGAAGGAGAAUCUGUCCGUAACAUGGAGAAUGAAAACCAACGGCUCCGCAGAGAGAUGGACGCCCAGAGUCAAAUGCUGUGCAAACUGAAAGAUGAGCAGUACGAGCUGUCCAUGCGCUACUCACAUGCGCUACAGGAGAAGGACACCGUGCAAAGCAGGAACAGUGAACUGCAGGAACAGUUUUAUUCUGUGAAAGAGGACCUGCACCGAGUGCGGAUGGAGCUGCAGGUGGCUCAGAGCUGGCCCACACGACUGCAGUGUGAAGAAGAGUUGCUAGCCCUGAGGCAGGAAAAUUGGAAGCUUAGAGAACAACAGGACAAGACAGGAGAGACCAAUGUGGUGGAGCUUGAUGCAGAUCAGUGCUCAGAUAGGACCCUGCCAAGCUCAGAUGAGUUGGUAGCCCAGCUUUGCACAGCCAGAAAGAAGAUAGCUGCUGGUGAGGCUUUUGAAAAGUUGUGGCAGGAGGAGAAAGAAACCAUGAUUAAGGAAAAUCGACAUUUACAAGCAAAUUACGACAUCUUGAAGAAAAAGAUGGAUGCAUUCCACAAUCAUGUUUCUGAACUUCAAAAAGAGCGUGACCAGGCAUAUAAAGCUCGGGACAUGGUGCAAGCUGAGAUUUCCCAUUUCCUGGCAGAGAAGGAUUUAUUAAGGAGACAGGUCAUGGAUCUUACAGAACACAACUCGGAGCUCAAGCAACAGAUUGAAAGCUUGGAGUUGCAUCUAAAAACUCACAUGAUUAGAAAAGCAGGGGAAGAAUCUCCAGAGCUCUAUAGCUGUUCAGCCAAACACCAGAGGCUGGUGCGGAUGGAUGCAAUCUGCCCCUCCAAGGAUGAUGACAAGGGAUCCACCUGCAGCACAUCCGAGUCUUGGCAGGACUUAGGUUGCCCGACAAACAGUGACCUUGGUGAAAGCAUCUCUUGCAGUUCUUUGCAUGAUGAUUAUCUUUCGGGUCUUUCUAAAAGCUGCUCCCAGGAUCUCCCCUAUCUUCUGGAGGCAGAGAAGACAGACACAGACUUUGAAUAUGUAACAGAGUACAAAAAAGAUCUCCAACUGUUUUCACAUAUGGAAAUAAAUGAUCUCAGUGGUUUUACAAUUCCGGUACGGAGGCGUCAUGCUCAGAGAAUAACCAGCCGAAUUACAAUAAUUGCAUUUCAGGGAGAUGACCUACUAAAGCAGAUAAGUAUAAUUGGAGGGAACAGAACAGGAAUCUUCAUCCAUCAAGUGACCCAGAAGUCAGCAGCUGAUGAAAUGUCCCUGAUGCCAGGAUACCAGAUCAUGGCGGUAGAUUUUGAUGUUAUUAAUCCAGCUUAUAAAGUGGGCCUAGAAGGAAUGACUUUUGAGGAUGCUUACUGCACCCUCAAUAGAGUUAAGGGAUUCUGCUGCCUUACUGUCCGAUGCAACAUGGAAGAGUAUCGAAAGGUGUUGAAAAGCACAGAGAGUGGAAUGGUCACAUCUGGAGACUCGUUUUAUGUUCGUGUAAACCAAUCAAUGCCUGCACGUGUUGAGGGGGGCCUGCAGGUGGCAUGUGGAGAGAUCUUACAUGUCACACAUACUAUGUUUAAAAAUCGCUGCCAAUGGUUGGCUCACAGGGUCAAUGCUUACACUAUGAAGGAUGGAGAAUCAGGGAUAAUUCCAAACUAUCGGCAGGCGCAACAGCAUUUAAUAACAUCAAUACAGCGCAUGACAUGGCAAAAUGGGAAUCCUCACCAGGCUAGAAAGCAAGUCCGCAUAGUGAGCACUGAUCGCUGUAGCUCUCACUUGCUCUGGACAUCUCUGGAAUGUGGCAUAUGUCGUUGUGAAGAGCCUACUGCUGGCUCUUCGUUGGGGAGAAGCUGCUUGACACUAAUGCCUUACACUCUGGUGACUCACUACAAGAUUACUGUCCCACGCCCAGUACUGCUGGUCCCUUCACUGCUAGGACGAAUAUUGAGUGAGAAGCUAUGUACAAACAAAGACUUCAUGAAGUGUGAUACAGAGUGCCUGACAGAUGCUGAAUAUGCUGCGCGAUACCAGCGUGGGGAAAUUAUUGGUGUAAAAGAGGGAGAGGGCAUACGCUGCUGCUUCACUAGACAGAACGUGGAAUCAGUAGCCCAGCAGAAUGCGCACUGUAUCCUAGAACUCGGUCUUUCCUGUCUCUCCUCUUUGAUCCGCGUUGGUAUCAAUCCUAUUAUAGUGCAUAUCCCUCUGACUGAGAAGAGCACCAAAAAACUGAGAAAAACCAGACAGUGGUGGGGAAAAUGUGAGGAUCUGCUACUGGAGUGUGCCCAGCGGGAAGAGGCUGAGCUUGAUGCCCUGCCAUGUCUGUAUAGCACUGUAUACCCUGAUAGCUGGACUGACACAGACUCUCUGCUUUCCAGUGUAAAGGAUGCUAUCAUGGAUGAACAGAAACGAACUGUUUGGUUGGAGAACCAGCCUUGCUGAAUAUUUAAUCAUACUUAAAGUUUAUGCACUUUCAUCCCUCAAUAUGACAAAUAAUUAUUCUAAACACGCUUUCAGCAGGUAAUAACCUUACAUACUGAGCUACAUAGUUAUCAACUUCUUUGCUUUACUAAAAUCUGUUUUGUGACUGUAAAAUAGAUACCUGAAUGGUUAUCAUCCAGUUUGGGACUAGGGUUACCUAGUGUAACUGAAUGUUAUUAAAGUCAUAGUAUUGAGGAAACUAAGAGACUGACAAACUGCAAAUAUUGACAAAGCAGAGAUUGAGUUGGAAAACUCCACAUUGGAGGUUAAUAAUGACAGUUCCUUACCUUAGCUCACUCAGGCAUCCAAAGUGAUUGACAGACGUUGGGGUGGCAGGGCAGGGAAACCUCAGUUACACCACAUUCCAUGAUUAGUCCAAUGCCAAAAGUGUGGGAAGAGAUUACAAGAAGAGGUAAAUUGUCCUUUAGUUUCUUCCCUUAACUCCUUACUAAUAAUACCUGUUUUAUGUUCAGGUUAUUUGAAGAAAUUCUCUGUCUUUGAACAAAGAGCAGUUCCAAUUUACCAAUUAUAUACAGUUCAAUGUAUAAACAAUAUGAGAUGGCAGUUACAUAAUAUGGAAUACUGGAUAGGGAAGCCGAUCCCGGGUUGUUUUUUUAAUCACAGGAUUCAGGAUUGAAAAACUCUCAGUCCCGGGAUACCUGGGAUACCCAGGAUUGAGUUGGUCAAUAAAAAUAUUUAAAAGUCUGGCGUUCAGUAGUAAGAAUCAGAGAGGAGCACAGUAUACCCGUCCCGUACUUCCAGUGCACUUCCUCAGUUGCUCAGUCCCAAUCCAAAAUAGAUCCCAGAGCCUGACUCCCAGCAAUGCUUAGCCCGCCUUGUGCUCCUGUCUGGUCGAGGCCAAGUGGCCGCUCGGCACUGCAGUCCUACUCUACUUUGCAGGUGAGUGCCACUGAAGGGACAGGCUGGCAUGGGGCUGUGCAGUGUGACCUCUCUGAUGUCAUGCCAUGCACAGCCACACAGCGUAUGAGCCAAGUGCUGCUGGUUCUCAGCGCUGCCUGGCAUAAAAACAAAACUGUGCAUGCGCAAACCAGUCACGCAAAUCCAAGGAUUGGAUCCCAGCAAUUUUGGGCCAAAAUCCUGGGAUGGGAAUUGAUGGGAUCCCGGGAUUAGCCUCCCUAUACUGGAAAUACUUAGGGAAGAAGUCAGUUCAGUGGACAGUACUGCUGGCUGUACACACAUCAUGUACUUAGUUCCGACAUCGUAUUUUUUCUCUUGCACCUCCUUUGAUGUCAGUGAGCACGAUGUGCCAUUCCGGAACAGCACAUCAUGCUGAUGUAAGAGAAUUAAGUUUCCCCUUUGUGUGUGCACUUUAUUAAGUCUCUUCUGUAUAAAGAAGACCUUAUCAACUCUGAGAAACUCGUUACUAAUAACAAUAAAUGUAAAGUUUUAAAUAUUUAUAGGUUUGUAAAUGUCUUGUUCAGAGAUAAAAAAAAGUUGUCAUAUUAUUAGAGAAUAAAAGGAAUUUUACAUAUGGUAUGGAACUUCCAUUAAGUUACACACAUUUAAUAAUGGCCUAUCUAAUUGUGGAAGACAUAGCCAAUCCAGAACUAAUAUGUUCCACAACUUGCAGAAGUGCACUUUCAUUAAAGUAUUCAUAAUUAUUUGCAUACUGUAUGUGAAACUAUAUUAAAACCAAAGACACGUAGGGAAUGUAUGUCCCGUGUUUAAUUUAGCCUGAAGUUCCAGCUUAGCAGAAGUAGUAGAAGAUUCCUUCUAUUUCAGAGAGGACUUUAAGGUUAUUUAUUGGUAGUAAUGCUAGCUUGUUGCACAAAUUUCACGAUAUCUUUAGUCUCUGACUUGAUUAUUUAAACUCUAAGUAAAUUAUGAAAUUGUGGUCUGGGUCUAGAAGACAAAAAGAUCAGAUGAACCAUGAUAAAUCUAUAUAAACAACAUAUGGUAGAACUAUGUUGAAGAACUUCAUAUAAUAGUCCACAGGUUCUCAAACUCGGUCCUCAGGACCCCACACAGUGCAUGUUUUGCAGGUCUUCUCACAGAAUCACAAUUGAAAUAAUGAGCUCCACAUGUGGACCUUUAAAAAUGUGUCAGUGAGUAAUUAAUACACCUGUGCACCUGCUGGGUUACCUGCAAAACAUGCACUGUGUGGGGUCCUGAGGACCGAGUUUGAGAACCUCUGUAAUAGUCUAAUAGAUAUUAAGAUGACUUUUAUUUAUCAUUGCAUAUCCAUGUAGGAAAGUUUAUACAGAUCUCCACAUUACAAUCUACACUAAGCCUUUACUCAUGUACCAAACUUUGUCUUUACAUGUUGUAUUUGUUCAUGUGUCCAUUAGUGUGUGGUGUUGUUGUAGUCUUAUUUUGAUGUUUUGUUAUCGCGUUGUGGAAGCUGUAUGAACACUGUGAUUGCUAUUCUUUGGGCCCUCCCCUUUUUUUCUAACCUUUUAUUAUUGUGUCCCAGAGUUUACAAAUACUGUACACUUCUCUCAAGUGUAAAAUGUGUAUUUAAAUAGCCUUAUUUAAAAAAAUAGCUGAACAAAAAA